AACCCAAAAACAGAGACAAGAACAAGACCACUCUCUCUCUCUCUCUCUCUCUCUCUCUCUCUCUCUUCCAUUUUCCGAUCUCUGCUUAACCGUUUACGACGUCGUUUCAGUUAAUCCAAUCUUCUCCAAGACUCUUCCUGUUUUCUCUGUUUUGCCCCAUUUUUUUUAAUCAUGACCCAUGUCUGUUCGCCGGAGCCGAACGCCGUCGUCUCGCCGGAAUAUCGCCCCAUGCCGCCGACGAAUCCUGAUCCAUCGGAAAUUGGGCCGGAGUCUUGGGCCGGAGCUGAACGGGCCACCCGGGAUAUUCUGUCCAAGAUUCAGCCCACGGUGGCGACUCACCGGAGAAGGAAGGAUGUCAUUCUAUAUGUGCAGAGCCUCAUCUCUUCUAACGUGGGCUGUCAGGUUUUUCCUUAUGGGUCAGUUCCAUUGAAGACGUAUCUUCCCGACGGAGAUAUAGACUUGACGAUUUUCAGUGGCAGUCCGCAACUUGAGGAUGUGUUUGUGGCUCAUGUUCAUGCUGUUCUGAAGGGGGAGGAGAAUAAUGAGGCUGCUCGGUACCAUGUGAAGGAUGUCCAUCGCAUUGAUGCUGAGGUUAAGCUUGUAAAAUGCAUAGUGCAAGAUAUGAUUGUAGAUAUAUCCUUCAAUCAGUUAGGAGGACUUAAUACACUACGCUUUCUUGAACAGGUUGAUCACUACAUUGGCAAAUAUCAUAUUUUCAAACGCAGCAUUAUUCUGAUAAAAGCCUGGUGCUACUAUGAGAGUCGUAUUCUGGGUGCCCAUCAUGGUUUAAUUUCAACAUAUGCUUUGGAAACAUUAGUCCUAUAUGUAUUCCAUCUUUUCCACUCUUCUCUAGAUGGCCCUUUAACGGUCCUCCAUAAAUUUUUGGAUUACUUCAGCAAAUUUGAUUGGGAGAACUAUUGUGUAAGUUUAAACGGACCUGUUUGCAAAUCCUCUUUGCCUAAUAUUGUGGCUGAAGUACCGGAUAAUGGAGGGGAUGAUGUACUGCUAAGUGAAGAGUUUAUUAAAAACUGUGUGGACAUGUUCUCUGUUCCAUCAAAGAAGUGUGAGGCACACUUACGAUUUUUUUCUCUGAAGAAUCUUAAUAUAAUCGAUACAUUAAAAGAGAACAAUAAUCUUGGCCGUAGUGUCAAUAGAGGUAGCUUCUAUCGAAUAUGUAGUGCUUUUAAAUUUGGAGCUAGGAAGCUCGGCUGGAUUCUCUUGUUACCACCAGAGAGAGUGUCAGAUGAACUAAACAAGUUUUUUGCAAACACUUUGGAUAGGCAUGAAAGUAAAUGCCAGACUACUGUGCAAAAUGAUGCCCUGUUGGACCUUGGUGAAGAUUUGGACAGUCAUUGUCAGAACAUGCAAUUUAGUCCUAUUGGCAACGGGUGUGCUACAUCACCUCCUUUAUUGCCCAGUCCUCCCUUGUCACCUCAGCAAUGGAAAGAGAAUCCAUGGGAAGUUACCUCUGAAACCCUACAGUCCCAGCAUAAUAUUGGUUCACAAAUAAAUGGUAUUGCUUGGGGAACACAUGCAUAUCACACAAACGGUUCCAAUUUUUAUGUUCCCCCAUUUAGAGAAGAGAAGAACAAACCACGAGGAACUGGGACGUACAUCCCCAAUACGUCUUUUCAGAAUUAUCGUCCCUACAAGGAUAGACACUGGUUUGGAAGGGGAAGGAAAGAGUCAGCUGGAACCUAUCCUCCACUCCAGAGACACACUUUCAGUUAUGGCUUCCCUGUGGCCCCUCAAGAGUCAAUCUCACCUGGAGAAUGCAACCAUCAGCUCUCUGAGGCUGAAUUCCCAGUUCUAAUUAAUCCAAACUCUGCAACAUCAGAUUACCAUCAACCUCAGCUUUCAGUAUGGGAGCCUUUCCAUGAAAAUGGUUUCUCCAACAUUCCUGACAAACCUGAGUCUAGAUCCUCCUCCCCUCAAUCGUGGGAAGAAGUACCCAUGCCCGAACUGGACAGUUCACAGUUAUCAGGAAUUGAUGAAGUGAGGAUUGAAGAGCAUGUAUUCCAUCUGAAGAAUGAAGAUGAUUUCCCCCCACUCACCCCUCGCCUGCCUUUGGAGGAGGGAAUAUGCACUCAAUAAUGAAGACCCUGAUAUCUCUAGCUGCUAACUCACUAGACCGAGCUUCUGGGAAGAAAUCUCCCCCACCCCCACUCUCGUUGGGGUUGUCGCCCUGUGUUGUUGUUUCUUUAAUGUAGAUUACACAGUUUGUGCAUUCAGAAGUUGUUUUUCAUGUUUCAUUUCUACACAGGAGGUGAAGCUUGCCUCCCAUAGUUUGAUUCCGUCCCAAGGUUUGUAGUUGUUUCAAAUCAGCACUGAGAAGGAUUUGUUAGGAAUCUUUCCGGCUUUUUUAGACAUGUGUAGGAUCAAAUACAUAGAUGUAACAAUGACAGUUUAGUUGAAUUUCAUGAAGUUUUUGUUCCUUUUCUUCUC